CGUCCGCAUCCCCCCUCCCGUCCUCGUUCCUGGGCCCCGAGAGCUCAUUUGUUUGCUGCUUGCCCGCUCUUUGCCGCCCCGCCCUUCCCCUUUCGGCCUCGCAGUUCCCACCCGCCCCCCGUUCUUCCCACGCACCCCUCGUCUCCCCAUCUCCCCUUCAUUUCUCUCUCUCUCCCUCUUCUCCUUCUCUCUUUUCCGUCUCCUUUCCCCAUCGUCCUCCUUUCUGUCUCGUCGCCAACGCAUCCGACGCCGCUCAACCCCCGGUGAUCCAAAAUCAUGUCUCAAGGACAGGGUGACAUUCAAGAGCGCAUCGCGGCUGCUCGCCGUGAGGCAGACAGCCUCAAAGAGAGAAUCAGGGCCAAGCGCGAGUCUUCAGCCGACACCAGUCUGCGCGCUAUGGCGGCAGAGGUCGACGCCCUCCCCCGUAUCGUCAUGCGACCCCGCCGCGCCCUCAGAGGCCAUCUCGCAAAGAUCUACGCAAUGCAUUGGGCGACCGACAAGAGGCAUCUCGUAUCGGCUUCUCAGGAUGGUAAACUCAUCGUCUGGGACGCCUACACGACAAACAAAGUCCACGCCAUCCCCUUGCGAUCGAGCUGGGUCAUGACCUGCGCCUACUCGCCAUCUGGCAACUUCGUCGCUUGCGGCGGUCUCGACAAUAUCUGCUCCAUAUACAACCUUCACAGCAAGGAAGGCAACGGCAUCAAGGGCGCCAGAGAGCUUUCGGCCCAUUCGGGCUACCUCUCUUGCUGUCGAUUCAUCAAUGACCGUCAAAUCGUCACCAGUUCCGGAGACAUGACUUGCAUGCUUUGGGACAUCGAGGCCGGUGUCCGCGUCGUUGAAUUCAGCGACCACACCGGCGAUGUCAUGAGUCUCUCGCUGGGACCAAAUCAGAACGUUUUCGUUUCGGGUGCCUGUGACGCGACCGCGAAGCUCUGGGAUAUCCGCAGCGGCAAGGCUACCCAGACGUUCACUGGUCACGAGUCUGACAUCAACGCGGUCCAGUUUUUCCCGAAUGGCGAUGCGUUUGCGACGGGUUCUGAUGACGCCUCUUGCCGGCUGUUUGAUAUUCGCGCCGACCGAGAAUUGAAUGCGUACACACACGACAACAUUCUCUGUGGAAUCACCUCGGUCGCGUUCUCCAUCUCAGGUCGGAUCCUGUUUGGUGGAUACGAUGACUGGACAUGCAACGUCUGGGACACCCUCAAGGGCGAGCGUGUCGGCGUUUUGACAGGACAUGACAACAGGGUCAGUUGCUUGGGCGUGAGCACGGACGGCAUGGCGCUUUGCACAGGCAGCUGGGACAGCAUUCUCAAGGUCUGGGCGUAAAGGCGCUUGUAUGGUUCCCCGGCGCCUUUCAUACCCUCGUCGUUGGAGCCCCACUCGUUUCGCACGUAUCCCAUUUCUCGUCGGCUCCGUUUCUGCUGGUAUUAUCUGUCAUUUUAUAUCCUUGUUUCCUUUCUCUAGCCUGCGCCGCCCUUCGAACAUCGACGGACGGACGCCGCGAGUCAGUCCUUACAGUCCCAUUUGCGUCUCCCAUCACGAUUGGGGGGGGUCUCUUCCGUUUCUUGUGCUAUACAUACCGUCUCCUGUCGUGCUCCACAUUCUUAUUUCUCUCUUUCUGAAAUAUGUUCCACUGCUACCCCCGGUCCGUGAUCUAUAUAUCUGUUUCUUUUUUCCCAAUGAGAAAUAUGCUUGUACUGG